UACGUUUUAACAGUCAUUAAGGUUUGACCUCAUGUUUGCCGGUAUUUUGCUUGUUCCAGUGGGGUCCUCUGUUCUGUAAUCUUGAGUCUCUUGAGCUAACAAGUGCAUAUGAUCAUGACUAUGUAACAGAGAAGAGAUGAGAUCGAAUUUGCAUAUAGGUGUUGUGAUUCUUUUUCUACUUAUUGCAUGGGUUUCACUUGUUAUCACUGGAGAGAUGUUUUUCUUCGCGAUUAGAAAGACUGCUACUUUUGUCAGAAACGAUUAUUUAUCGGUAGAUAUGCCUAAAGAUAACAAUGUUUUCCGUGUGCCUCCUGGUUACAAUGCUCCCCAACAGGUGCAUAUAACACAAGGAGAUCACGUGGGGAAGGGUGUCAUCAUUUCUUGGAUCACCCCAGAUGAACCCGGCUCAAGCACUGUUCUUUACUGGGCGGAAAAUGGUGAAUUCCAAAGGCAAGCACAUGGCUUUGUCCUUUCCUACAAAUACUUCAAUUACACCUCUGGUUACAUUCAUCACUGCACCAUUCACAAUUUGGAGUUUGACACCAAAUAUUACUAUGAGGUUGGAAUAGGGAAUAACACUCGACAAUUCUGGUUCGAAACUCCUCCCCCUGUUGGCCCCGAUGUCCCCUAUACAUUUGGUGUCAUUGGGGAUCUAGGCCAAACAUACAAUUCCGGCACGACGCUUACCCAUUAUGAAAAAAAUCCGGCGGAAGGGAAGACAGUAUUGUAUGUGGGGGAUCUCUCUUAUGCAGAUGAUUAUCCAUUUCAUGACAACACUAAGUGGGAUACAUGGGGAAGAUUCACCGAGAGAAUUGCUGCUUAUCAGCCUUGGAUUUGGACUGCAGGAAACCAUGAAAUUGAUUUUGCUCCACAACUUGGGGAAAACAGACCAUUCAAGCCUUAUACUUCUCGCUAUCAUGUACCAUACGAAGUAUCAAAUAGUACAUCUCCAUUGUGGUACUCUAUCAAAAGAGCUUCAGCAUACAUCAUUGUUAUGUCUUCUUACUCAGCUUUUGGUAAAUACACUCCUCAGUACAGAUGGCUUCAAAAGGAACUGCCCAAGGUGAAUAGGACAGAGACACCAUGGCUGAUAGUCCUCAUGCAUAGCCCAAUAUAUAAUAGUUACGUGAAUCACUAUAUGGAAGGGGAGACCGUCCGAGUAAUGUACGAGAAAUGGUUGGUUGAGUAUAAAGUCGAUGUUGUCUUUGCUGGUCAUGUCCAUGCUUAUGAACGAUUUGAACGUGUAUCGAAUCUUGCAUACAACACUUUAAAUGGGCAGUACAGACCCAUCAAUGAUCAAUCUGCCCCAGUUUACAUAACGAUUGGAGAUGGAGGAAAUGUAGAAGGACUGGCUACUGCUAUGACAGAGCCCCAGCCAAGCUAUUCAGCAUACCGUGAAGCCAGUUUUGGGCAUGGAAUUCUUGAUAUAAAGAAUAGAACUCAUGCUCAUUUUAGUUGGAAUCGUAAUCAAGAUGGAUAUGCAGUAGUGGCUGAUUCUAUUUGGUUGCAUAAUAGACACUGGAGACAACCAGAACAGAAAUAAUUGGAGGGUGAAGAUGAGUAGUUAUCAGCUGUUGGCAGAUAGGUAGGCAAUUGGCACAUGUAUGAGCAGUAGUAUGAAUAACAUCGUAAUCACAUUUUACAGUUAGAAGAAUCAAUUCAUUCGUUUCUUUAAUUCUUCUUCAAGCUAUGUUCUCUUUUGUUCAGAUAUCUUCUUUUGCUUAGACGGUAUCAAUAGUAUUGUUGCUCAAACAUGA